AUGGCUGCAAUUACCCAGACAAUUGCAAUCAUUGACCGGUCAAACAAGGUUGUCAGCACCACCAAACAAUUGAAAAAUGUCUUCAAGGAGGCAAAGAUGGCCUAUUUGGAGCGGAAGGCUGAGAUUGCAGCGGAAAGAAAGGCAAAAGAUGAGAAGGAAUUGAGAAAGGCAAUGAAGAAUGUGACAAUAGCGGAGGAUACAAGGUCGGAGGCAUCCCGACGAUCACGCAGACAUCACAGCCACAGCAACGAGGUCGACCAUGGUCGAUAUCGACCUGCAGAGAGUCAACACCACUAUCCUCCCGAAUAUUAUCACCGGGACGCUCGUGCAGCUCCUGAGGUUGCAGCUCCUAUGGCGCCGGAAGAUGCCUUCCCUAGACAUGUCGGUCUUGCAGAGUUCAAUCAAGAACUCUAUGGUCACCACAACCCAGUGUCACCAGUUCCGGAAUAUUCAGCUCCUCCAUAUGGAGGGAAUGGGCUUGUUCGUCGGACGACCGAUUUACCACUCGAUGCUCAUCGACCACAUCGACCCCCACCUGUGCGUUCGCACUCCGUUUCGGACGUCGAUAUGGACCUUGCCUAUGGUGAAUUUCAUCCGGAGUCUCUGAUGCUGGAUCCCAAAGUUGAACAAAAACUGCAGAAACAAGAGAUGUCCAGCCUGGUCCUCAAAUGCAAGAUCCUGAUGGAGGAGGCCAAUUGUGCGCAGCAUAGUGUCCGCGCUAUAAUCUCGCAUCUGCAGACAAACCCAGACUCUAUGGCAGCUGUCGCCUUGACGUUGGCUGAAAUUAGCAACUUGGCAGCCAAGAUGGCACCUAGUGCACUUGCGGCUUUCAAAGUCGGUGCGCCCUCAGUCUUCGCGAUGCUUGCAGCUCCGGAGUUUCUCAUUGCGGUGGGUGUCGGCGUUGGAAUUACUGUCGUCAUGUUUGGAGGCUACAAGAUUAUCAAGAAGAUAAGAGCCCGGGUUGGUGACAAAGAAGAAGACGCGGUGGAUGAGAUGCUGGAUGUUAAGGAACUCGAUCGCAUCGAACACUGGAGGCGUGGCAUUCCGGACGCCGAGACGGCGAGCGUUGCUACAAGCGUCGAAGGUGAAUUCAUUACUCCACUGGCAGCAAGAAGCAUGGGCCACCUGCCUCUUCCCCGAGAACAUGGGGGAGAAAAGCACAAGGAGCCGAGGACGGAGUCCAAGAAGAAGAAACACCACCGGAGGAUCGAUGACGAUCCAGAUCGAACGGUUGUAGGGAGCGAGAAUUCGUCAAAAUCGCGACGAAGCAAAGGAAGCAGCAGGUCGGAGAAAAGAGAAAAGGCACUUGUCAAAACCAAGAGGCCGAGCACGCUAAGAAGAAUGUUUCUCACCAGAGAAUCAGAGGUUUCCUCCCGUCGAUGA